AUUUAUCUGUACAAAUGAGUCCGACUCUUGUAAUGCCAUGAGAAGCCAAUGUUAACCGAGUGUGACUUUUGAAAGUAGGAACAUCUUUGCUGCAAGGGUGUGUUCACGGCCGGGGGCAUGUUCUUCUCAAAAUUCAUGUUGUCAUCUUCCUCGUGAAGGGUUGACGGCGGACCGGACUCAAAAUCUUAAAGAGCAAUGGCAAUCAACAAGGGAGAUGCGAUGAUGGUUGUUGGGCGUAUAACCAUGGCAACCAUUUCGCUGGUAUUGGUGGCGAUCAUGAUGGCGGCAACCAAAAUGAGCUUCGUAGAACAUAGGACAGAGCCUGGAAAACGACAUUUAUCCACUCCUGAUGUUACUAAAUACAGCGCCCACAGCGUUGUGGUGUUAUCAUUAUUAUCAGUGAAUACAACCAAUAUAGUAACAACAGUGGACGAGCGAUUCCUAUCGAUCGGGGCCACUAUGGGUUUCAUCAGAACCCAUCUGGGCCAACAUUUCAAUUCCACCCGAUAUUGGACCCUUGCUCGUGGUUUAUCGCCCGCCAUCUAUCGCCUGGGAGGUGCAGAGGCCGAUUUUACCGUCUUUAAAGAGAACGCAGAUCCUGUAAAUUGUACUCUCAAACCGACUUUCCAGAGCAAAGGACCCUCCGAAAAUUACGGGAAGUUAGGAUUUUUCAACUUGACAUUUUGUGCGCAUACUUGGGACAACAUCAACGAGUUUGCCCGAUCUGUCGGCUGGGAUAUACUGUUUACCUUCAACGGUCUAGAACGUAACGCGACUUCAUGGGAUCCAACGGAUGCCAUCCAUCUUCUCAACUAUACCAAACAGAGGGGAUAUAAUGUUAUAUGGUCACUGGGGAAUGAACCGAACGGAUAUCUCAGGAAAGACAAUGUGUCGGUGAAUGGCACACAGAUGGCUGAGGCAUUCCAUACACUCCGAAAAUCCGUAUCCAGAGUAUCCGGACUGUCGGAUAUAUUUCUUGUCGGUCCUGAUGUCUCUGCUCCUACGAAGAAAAUACCAGCGCCUCCCACUCCAAUUUCAAAAUAUCUCAUUGAUUUUCUCCAAGCCAUCGGUAAUACCACCAAUGUGACAUCUUUCCACUUCUACUACACCGACGGACGAACGGCCGGGUUCAGAGAUUUGACCAACCCCCUGCUCUCCGACCUGUUGCAAGUAAACAUUCAGAGUGUGCAAAGCUUGGUCCACAAGUAUGGCUCGAAAGCAAACUCGAAGAUAUGGCUAACAGAAUCUGGUCUUUGUUUCGGAUCGAUGCCAACAAUCCUGAACAACGCCUACGCGGAUGGAAUGCUGUACCUGGAUAGGUUAGGAAUGGCAGCUCGUCUUGGAAUAGAUUUGAUCGUCAGUCAAGGACUGAUGGGUAAAUAUGGCGGGAUAUUUGGUGAAAAUAUAUAUCCCCAUUUGUUUUACUGGCUCUUGCUGUGUCACAAGAGGCUCAUGGGAACCCGGGUCCUAGACGUUUCGAAAGUCGUUUCCACCAAAGUUGAAAGUCGGCAACAAGAAAAUGCAUCGAAAAUAUUGGAUGAUGAUGUAUCAAAAUACAUCCGCGUAUACGCUCAUUGCACGAAAACAAGUGCAUUGUAUCAGCCAGGAUCUAUUACCCUGCUGAUCAUCAAUAUGAUACCAUACGAUGACGUUCAAAUCAAACUUGAGGGCGCUCUACUGAAUUCUACAAUACACGAGUAUCUGUUAUUGCCAGUAGGCACGAAAGGGAUUCUUUCACCGCGAUUGCAACUCAACGGACACCUUCUCAAGAUGGAAGAAGACCUUACUCUCCCCAGCCUUUCACCCCGUAAGCAGCCGCCUGGGAGCCUAAUCAUGCUCCCUCAUCGGUCAUACGGCUUUUAUGUGCUCCCAGAUGCGGAGGCCCAAGCUUGCCAAUGAGUUCAGAAAACUACACCUAGAACCGCAUGGGUGACACGACAUUUGCUCCUGCGACAAUUGCUCCGGGAUUAUGUUAGGUUAAAGGUUAGGUUUAGGGUACAAGGAAUAGUCAAAGGAAAUGGUGUUAAACCCAGAGUUGAAGAUAGUCAUUCGAUUAGUGAGUGGAAUUUAGAGCGGAGCAAUUGUCGCCGGAGCAAGUGUCGUGGAACCAGGGCAUGGAACCCCUGCACCUCAAAACUGUACUCAACUCCCAUCAACACUGCAAUAAACUUCGGUGUUAUUGUUAGAUCAUACACAAAAAAGAUAUCUUACUUGCACAACCCUUGGCAAAAAGAGGACUACCUGCACCGAGAUGCGUUGAUUAUACUUGAUGCAAAUUUGACACUACAACAGGUGAUAUUUUGACACCGCAUUGGUGUCAGUACUGAAAGUACAUAAUGUAAAUUGGCCAUACCACUCUGACAGGCUGUCUGCCGCAUGUCUGGUGAUCAUAAUGAUAAUACUAUAGGAUGGGCCGAAGGAAAAUCUCUAUUUUUUUCGUGGGGCGCCUCCUGCAACCACACAAAAACACUUUGACCAGGGGAAAUAAAGGGUGCUGAAACUAAUUAGGAAUGUUGCCAUUCCUAAAAUUGACCCCUUUAACGAAAACAGCGCUCAUCUAUAUACCCAUUUUGUAGUGGAUUUCAUAUUACAGUACCACUGACGUGCUGUCUCUUGUGUUGGAAAUAUAAUUUCUUGUUAAAGUAAAUUGAUGUUCAUUUCAUUAUCAAAACUUAAAGUGAUCGGUUAACAUUGGUUUGACUUUUAAAAAAAAUCUGAGCUAGAAGGUCACACU